AUGCAGAGCCUUGGCAAGGAGAACCACAGCUCUGUGUCUGAGUUCAUCCUCCUUGGCUUCUCCAGCGAGUCCCAGGUCAGAAUGGCCCUGUUCAUCUUCUUCCUCCUCCUCUACCUCAUUACCCUUCUGGGUAAUGGACUCAUUGUCACCCUGAUUUACCUGGAUUCAAACCUCCAUACACCCAUGUACUUCUUUCUCAGUAUCCUCUCUUUGGUGGACAUGAGCUAUGUCACCACUACCGUGCCCCAGAUGUUGGUUAAUAUGUUAUGUCCAAGGAUGACUAUCUCCUGGGGAGCUUGUGUGGCCCAGAUGUUCAUUUUCUUGGUUCUAGGCAUUGCUGAGUGUGUUCUCUAUGCCAUAAUGGCCUAUGAUAGGUAUGUGGCCAUUUGUUUCCCCCUUCAUUAUACCCUCCUCAUGAGCCGUCUUAUUUGUGUCAAGAUGGUCAUAGUCUGUUGGAUCAUUGGUGUAGCUGGGGCCCUGAUCUACACUGUCUUCACCAUGCAUCUGCCUUAUUGUGGCCCUUACAAGAUUAACCACUUCUUCUGUGAGGUCCCUGCUGUCCUGAAGUUGGCCUGUGCAGAUACAUCCUUCAAUGACAGAUUGGACUUCAUCUUGGGUUUCAUUCUACUUUUGGUUCCACUCUCCCUCAUCUUGGCCUCUUAUGUUCGCAUCUUUGUUUCCAUCUUAAGAAUCCACUCAACCCAGGGGAGGCUCAAGUCCUUCUCUACGUGUGCUUCACACGUCACUGUAGUCACCAUGUUCUAUGGACCAGCGAUAAUGAUGUACAUGAGACCUGGCUCCUGGUAUGAUCCAGAGCGGGACAAGAAGCUGGCCUUGUUCUACAAUGUUGUCUCUGCCUUCCUCAACCCCAUCAUCUACAGCCUCAGGAACAAAGACGUAAAGGGAGCCUUUCUAAAAGUAGUUGGCGACCGAAGGACAGCUCAAUGA